GUUCUGUCAUGGAUCAGCAUCUUAACAUUGUUCUUCUGGGAAAAACUGGAGUUGGGAAAAGUUCUUCAGCAAACACCAUUCUAGGAAGGGAAGUGUUUAAGGCAGAAACAGACUUUCAGUCAGUGACCAAAUAUAUUUGUGUGGAACCUGUAACUCUGUUUGGGAGACAAAUUUCAGUGAUAGACACUGGAGACAUAUUAACAUCACAGGAGCAGAUUGCAAAAGUUCUUCUGAAUCUUUUGCCGGACUCCACUCCCUCUCUUUACCUGCUGGUGAUCAAAGUUGGUCGUUUCACUCAAGAGGAUGAAAAGGCUGUAGAGGCUGUAGAGAAAGUCCUCGGGCCUCAGAGGAUGAAAAAUUGUUUCCUGCUCUUCACAGGAGGAGAUAGUCUAAAGACAUCACUAGAGCAAUUUAUUUUAGGCUCUACCAACAGUCCGCUUCCCAAAAUUGUUGACCGUUUUUCAUGGAGAAUCCAUCUUUUCAACAAUAAAUAUGGAGGAGAGGACCAAGUCAGAGAACUGUUGACAAAGACAGGACACAUUGGAACAGAGAGAGACAGAAACUAUAAUCAAAAUGUUGAGUCUGAAGAUUCCUCUACCACA